UAAGGAAUACAAGCCACACACACACACACUCACUUCCGGACACGACUAUGCCAGUCCAGUCCAGCGUUGGGAGCGAGCGAGUGUGUGUGAGUUUAUGAUGCAGCAGGCGCAGAUCCUCCGACAUUCACACACACACUGAAGGACUAAACGCGGAUCUCCAAACUUCAUUCAGCUUUAGCACAGACGGGCUCCGGUUUCCGCGCUUAGCGGAGGAUUUCACGCUCCCGCUCCCGGUGUGAAACACAAAAGCGUCCCGUGGGAAAAUCACGACAUGGAUAAAGGACUCCUGCGAGCUGUGCUCCUGUUUAUCGCGCUCGCUCUCAGUGAGGGUCGUGUGGUGAAGGUGCCGGUCGGUCCUCUGGUCCAUGUUGAGGGUCAGCCCGUCUCCAUCCGCUGUGACGUCUCCAACUACGAGGGGCCGCGAGAUCAGGAUUUUGAGUGGUAUCUGAUGAUGGCUGACAAAAUGCUGCCGCUGGUCUCCACCUUUGACGGAUUAUUCACCGACUCGUCUAUGAAGGAUCGGGUCAACAGUCGGGACAUCAGUUUCGUGAAGCUGAGCGACUCUUCGGUGGAGCUGAAGUUCAAGAGCGUUCGGGCCACAGAUAGCGGUGUGUAUCGCUGCAGCACGCCCAGCACCGACUCCGUCAUCAGCGGGAACUACUACGCAGACGUGGAGCUCAAAGUGAUCGGGGACAGUCUGAAAGUGUCUCCGCUGAUCCCCAAGGCAGCGGUGUCUGCAGGAGAGUCAGUGGAGCUCCAGUGCAACACAACCCGCGGCUUCACCGAGCACACCUUCCUCUCCGUCAGCUGGUCUGUCCGGAGAGCCAAUAACAGCGGUGUUCUGGAGCAGAUCCUCACCUUCGGUCCUGAUGACAAGAUCCAGACUGGCAGCAACUACACGCAGCGGUAUGUGGACGGAGGCCUGCUGCUGGACCUGCGGGGAGGGGGCUUCUACGGGCUGGUGCUGAAAGCGGCGACGCCAGCUGACCGCGGGAAGUACGUGUGUACGGCGCAGGAGUGGGUGAGGCAAGGCCACACCUGGAGGAAAAUCCUGGAGAGAUCUGAAGAUAUGGGGAAGGUGGAGGUCACUGCCACAGAUCUGCAGUAUACGUUGAGUCUGGCUGUGUCUGUGAGUCCUCAGUCCGCCGGUGAGCCCACAGAGCUGCGCUGUCAGGUUCAGCAGCUCCUUUACCUGCAGAAUGGGCGUCUGGGUGUCUCCUGGGUUUACUCCACCCGCAGCGCAGCAGCGGAGGUGCAGGCGGAGGUCAUGGUGGCGUCGCUGGACCAGCAGGGUGCUCUUACCGCAGGAGCGCAGUAUCAGCAGAGGCUGGACCGCGGAGACAUCGCUCUGACCAGAACACCAGACAACACCUUCAUCCUGCGGAUCCUGCAGAUCGCAGAUGCUGACAUGGGCUGGUACUCCUGCAGGGUCACUGCCUGGACACCAGACCGGAAGGGCGGAUGGACAAUCUCCAAAGAGGUGCAGUCCAGUCCUGUGGCCGUUCAGUGGACACCCAAGACACCAGGUUUGUCAGUCGCAGCCCACCGUGUGAGGGAAGCAUCCAGCGCUGGAUCCACCUUUGAGAUGACCUGUCAGGUGAGCGGACAGAAUCUGCAGGACUCCAGCUACUCGGUGUUGAUUCGCUUUGAGGAGUCUGGCGCCGGGGGCAAAUCCCGGAAAGUGCUGUCUCUGAGCCCGGACUCAGUCCUGCAGCUGGAGGAGUGGAGCGAGCCCGGACGCAUCGACAGCGUGGUUCUGGAGAAGAGCGGGGCCACAGAGUACCGCUUUCGACUGUACGGAGCACAGGUCAGCGACAGAGGGUUUUACUGCUGUGACGUCACCGCCUGGACACGACACCAGAGCCAGGACUGGACCAAAAUCAUCAGCGCAGAGUCCAGCAAGAUCCAGAUCGACUUUGUGCACACAGGUCCAGUUUUCAACAUAUCCAUUCACUCAGAUGCAAAUGAUGUUUCACUGGGAGACACAGUCCAGAUGAAGUGCUCCGUCUCCAUCCUGAACGCCUCUCCAAACACCGGUGAUGUUGCAUUUGAGGUGCGCUGGUUUCAGAGCUCUAUGCAUCCACUGGAUAACGGUGUGUCUCCGCUGAUCAGCAUGGACCGAUAUGGUGUGGUGAAGAAGAGCAGCUCCAAUGACAGCAGUCUGGAGCGCACAGACCAGUACAGCUUCACUCUAAGCCUGCACAGCGUCCAGCACACAGAUGUGGGCGAGUAUUACUGCAGAGCUACGCCCUGGCUGCUGUCGCCCGCCACUGGAGCCUGGGGCAAAGAGACCGAGCUGAGCUCAGGCCGAGUGCUGCUCGCCGUCAGGACAGAGAUGUGGGAGUCUCUGAAGAUGCCGGUGGGCUACGGUGUGAUCGCGGCGCUUGUAGCGGGUCUGCUGUCGAUUCUCCUGGGUCUGGCUGUGGCCCGCUGCUGUUUCUCCAGAAACCCCCUGCACACACCGCGGCCUCACAACAAACUGAUGGACCUGGAGAUGGACUGAACACACUCCAACACAAAGCAGAGGACCUGAUUGAAAGCACUGAGCCGCAAUAUUCUCAGGAAACCCCCCCGCACUGACGGCCAUCUUUUAUUUUUGUGAUUUAGUACUGAUGCGUUCUGAGCGUCGUGGAUGAGGAGGACCGCACUUUGGCCCAUGCAGUGGAGUCUGAACUCUUGCUUAUUUUACUCUAGUAAUGGACAGGAUGGAGUCUGCUGAAAGAGACGGCAGUUUUAGACCGAUCUCUGAGAGCGCUGGAGGAUUGACUGUCUGUCAGAGACUCUGUCAGGUUCAGGACCCCAGAAUCGGCCCCUGGAGGAGGACUGAGCUGAGCUGGCAGUGUGUGCUGGACAUACUGAAGACUCUUUUCUCUGCAAACCUCCAGCUUUUAUUCACACACACACUGCAGAAAAUGGCUUUCUUUUUUAGAGUUUGUGUCUUGUUUUUAGUCCAAAUAUCUACAAAUUCUGAAAUUAAGAAGCGUUUUCUAGACAAGUGAAAAAUAUUGAUUUAUUUUCAGCAAUAAUGAGUCAAAAUGAAGACAGAUUUUCCCUAAAAUAAGCAAAAUAAUCUGACAAUUUGGUAAGAAAUGCAGUCUUGUUUUAGCUUUCACAUGAGACUAUUUUUAUUCACUCAUUGUCAGAUUAUUUUGCUUAUUUUGAUUCAUUAUUGCUAAAAAGCAGCUGAAAGAAAGCUUUUCUCACUUAGUUUCUAGUCCAAACAUCUAAAGAUUCUUGAAUCACUUUCAUCAAGUACAUGUGUGUGAAAUUUUCUGAAAAACAGAGUCAAAAUUAAGCGAGAUUUGCCUUCCUUUAUUAUCCACAAGAGGAAAUGUAUCUUUGAUUUCACCACAGAAUCAACAUCCACAUCAGAAAUAUCACAAAGAAAAACAUUAGUAACACAAAUAGAUUCAACAUCUUUAAUAAAACACGCUAAAUAAUCUGCCAGUGGGCUGAGUGUAAAAUAAACCUGUUUUUAGAUCAUUUCACUCACCCCAUUGGCUGAUUUGCGUGUGUUUAAGGGAAACUCACUUAAUCUUGACUCAUUAUUUCUGAAAACACAUCAGUAUUUUAUACUCAUCUAUGAAAUUCUUCUUGAUUUUUUUAGAUAUUUGUCCUCAAAACGAGGCUAAAACUGUAAGAAAGCAAGCUGUAUUUCUGUCAGGAUGCACUGUAGUGUGAUAUGGCAGUGCUGAUUCUCUCUUAUCCACCAUGUGGUCUGAAAAGUGUUUUAAUUUAGGUUUUUUUUUAGAGAAGGGAAGCAGUUUUAUGAUGGACGUCUGUCUGUCUGUUCAGAGCCACAUCAUCAGAGAGAUCCUCGAGGAAUUUCAGUAAGAGAUUUGACCUUUUUAUAUUAAAUCUGUUCUUUUAAAAUGUUGUAGUGUUUUUUUUCUGUGUGUGCUUAUUGACAUUUUACAUGGAGGUGUUCAUAAGACUGUCAUAACACCUUUAUAAUCAUGACAUGACACAUUCUAUGCAUGCUUAUGACAGUUAAGUGUCAUUGGCUCUGUUAUUUUAAGUGCUCAGAUGACAUGUGUUUGACAUGUGUUUAUUAGGCAUGGGAUGAUAACCCUUUAAAAGGUAUACCGCGGUUUGGAAAAGUUGAGGUUUUAAAACUGCCAAUGUUUUCUGCUCUACCGUUCCUACAGUACGAGUAAGAUUUUAUAUUUACUUUUUUGUUUUGUUUUUAGGACAACAGUUUCUCCAGCAGAAAAGAUCUACAAGAUGCUGUUUUAAGUGAUAAGGAAAUCAGUGUUUCUGAAGCUAAUGAAGACAGCAGAAGUCAAUAAUUCAGUCGAGUUAUUCAGCCUGACAUGUUUACUGCUCCAAAAUAUUAUAAAUGUUUAAAAAACUGGAAUAUAUUGUGUUCAAAGGGUAAAAGACUUGUUGUGUUUUACCCAGACAUUUAAAAAGAUUAUGUUUUAGAGCUGUAAUCUCAAUACCAAUUCUGUAAUGGAAAGACAUGUGCAUAUAGCCCAUAACCUUAAGAAUAAAUAACAUAAUUCUAUAGUGAGUGACAUUAAAUGAGCUCAAAAUGACAAUAUUACAUAAUAAAAUCUGUGAUAUAUCGCACGAUAAAGAUUCCUAAUGGGCCUAAUGACUAUACAAAGAUUAGACGAAUUCAAUUUGUACCACAAUAGAUGAUGUCAAGGAAAAAUAGACAAAAUUCACAAUUAUUCUGUCCACAUGACGUUCAUGUUUAUGACAGGUUUAUGCUGGCUUGGUAAUGUCACGUCAUGACAAAGACCUCUCAAACACAUCUGUCGUCUGAGCAUUUAAAAUGGUAAAACACUUAACUGGAGGACACUGUCAUAAGCAUGUGUAAACUCUCACUCAUAUUCACUGUGUGUGUCAUAACAUUAUUAUAAAGGUUUCCUCACAGUCCUCUUUGAGUAAAGUGUUCGCUGUUCAGUUUUCCUGAAAGGCAAUAAGUAUUUUGGGUUUGAUUUCUGACUCACUCCAGUUCUCUGACAAACCAACAAAUCAGUUUCUCAAUAAUAAUAAAAACCAACAACCUUUAACAGUGUU